GGGGGUGCACAAAACAAAAACAGGAGGAAAAGAUGCUCACUCCACCAAACCAUGAGGUCAGGCCUUAGUUUUCUUCAGGGAACUGGUUAUGUACAAGCAGGUUUUGUUUGUGAUCAGUGUGGGGCACAACACGUUGUCUGGCUGAUGUGAAAUUAUCACGCGUAAGCCGCUGGUUUCCCCACCAGAUACCAUCGAAGGGCGGACCUCAGACCCACGCUGAUAAGGUAGGCAGUGACAGCGCUGGCGGGGUGCCCUGUCCUACCUCCCAGCUGGCAAACCCAAGUUCAUGUCGGCUUUGUACCCCUAUCCCAGGUUCCUCGGAAGCCCCAGCAGGGUCCGUCCCCAGCCCAGUGAUGGUUCUUCCAGUGGGUGAGGCCAGAGGCUUGUUUAGUCACUGCCUUUAUGUUGAUGAGAGCCCAGCAAGGCUGCCCGCCUGUAGGCACUGCAGUUGCACAAGAUAAAUGAUAUUUUGAUGCUGAAGCAUAUUUUUAGUUGGCUGUAACAGUUUAAAUUUGAGGGGGAAAUACAUAAAGUGAAAAGAGGGGAUGUGGUGAGACUGGAGAGGUGCAGGUGGAGACUGAUGAGCCAGUGUGGCUGCUCUGACUCCGUGGGACUGGCUUGCAGGGAGGGGCGGGAUCCUUUCCUAUAUCUGAACAAAAAUUUACUUGUGCAAUAUGCUUGAACCCAAUCUCGUUGGGGGGAAACAAAAAUAAUCCUAGAGAAGUCUAUUUGGCACUUCAGGUUUGGGGUCAUUUUAUCACCUAUACUUCCCUGAUGGUUCUGAUGUUGGGAAGGUUUUCCCAGGGGUUUCUAGAGUCCAUCAGAGUUAGGAAUUACUUAAAGGCUAUUUCUGAGGGCAGAUUUGUGGAUUUUCAAUGGAGUAUGCACAGCCUGCAAGGAACAGAUGUGAGGUAUCAAUACACAGGAUUACUAUACAUGCGCUUGCCAUGCAAGAGAAGCUACUUGUGUCUUGCAACAUCUAACGCUAUAAAAAAAUAUAAAAGAGGGCUGCAGCUUCCAGCUCCCUCUGGGGCUGUGGGAAGGUCUGUUAUUGCUCACAGGACCCAGAGCUCACCGUGUCUUGCAUCUCCAGCUUCCCCAGGCCCCGGCUGUCCCCUCUCCCACCCUGGCUCCCAUUGUGCGAUGCCUUUGGCACGAGAGGGCUGGGUUUCCCUCCUCCUGGUGGAGCUGGGAAGCACAAAGCAGGCGAGAGCACGCACCCACGCGCUAUUGUCUGCCAGCAAGCUGGGAGCGUGCAUUGCUCUGCUCCAGCUGUUAUAAAAGUCCCUCGUUAAGUAAUCGCGUUUCUCUUGCAUAAGUGCUUGUUUUUGGGAGGCUUCAGCCAACUGGAGGCUGCGGCUCAGAUGGAAAGCAUGCCAAACUACUGUGAUUAUCUUUUUUUUUGAAUAAAUAUUGCAUGGUUAUUUAUCUGCUGUGAGUUGUAUAAAAUCUCUUUAGAUAAGGCUGAGCGGCAGAGCCUCCCCGGCGCUGGUGGUAGCUGAACUACAGCUGCAAGGCACUGCCAAAAAGCCCUCCUGGAUCUUUGGUAAGAUGGAUGCUAUACACAAGCCGAAGAUUCUGGUGAUGUUUCUGUCUCUGGCUACUUUCACAGUCAUGGUGAUACUGAAUGCUGGAAAUGCCACUGGGGCAUUCAAAGGUCUGUUCAGGACAACCCCUGGAAACAUCUCAGCCAAGUACAACACUGACUUCACCCCAGCUGGUUGGACUUUCCUCAUCUGGAAUGUCAUCUAUGCCUGGCAGCUUGCCUGGCUUCUCUACGCCUUGUCAGGGAUCUGUCGAAGGAAUGAACUUGGAUGUGUCUACAUAAAGCCAGACUUGCUGCCAAUACCUUUUUAUGUGGUGUGGAUUCUGAAUAAUGGCCUCAAUGUUGGAUGGCUUUUCCUGUGGGACCGAGAAUACCUCUUCCCAGCCCUGGUGUUCCUGGCAGCCCUCACUCUGACCACGUGUGCCUCCCUCUUCAUUUCACACCGAGCCCUGAGCAUCCAUUCCUCCUGGUUCGCAAAGGGUCACAGAGCUGAGCUCUGGCUCAUCCGCGUCCUAGUCCAGAACGGGCUGGCACUCUACGGAACGUGGACCACCAUUGCCACCCUGCUGAACCUGGCUGUUGUGUUGACCUACAAGUGGAACGUGUCCCACGAGACAGCAGCCACUGCUUCGCUGAGCAUCCUUGCUCUUGGCCUAGUACUAUGGUUUUAUCUAGAAAACUUCUUUCUUGACAAGUACGUCCACUAUAACCUGACAAUCUACCCAGUGGUCAUAAUAGCUCUGACUGGCAGCACGUGCAAGAACUUCUCAUUGUCAUCCCCAACGACGAAUGGCAUUUUUAUAGUUGUCCUGCUGGCAAUGACUUGCUUGAUCUUUGCUGUUCGGCUGGGACUAGUCACGUGCAGACACUGUCGGAGACCACUGGAAGCAUCAGAAACCCCAGACCCAUCAGGCACAGUGGCCUGAGACCUCUGAUAAAUCAGCUAAUUCCACCACUUGUCUACUAACUCUGUAGAUCUAGUGCAACUGUCCUAGCUUCUCUUUCACUUGUCCCCUGGGCUCCAUGGUGACUCUGGUCCCUUGCUUGAGCCAGCUGCCCCCCUGCCCUGGGAUGCUCCUGGGUACAGCUUCUCUCACCCAUCACACCUUCAUCAACCUUGGAGGUGAAGACUUGGACGAUGUACAUUCCUAUGUACGACUUAAACUCCUCUGCCCAGCACCCUGUUCAUUAAACUUCCAUUUUAUAAGCUCUGCGUCCCAAGGGCCCAGCUAGUAAACUCCCAGCAGCUUCCCUGUAAGCUGCUGCCUUUAAUACAGUGGUAUUAAAUCCCCUGGCGUGUGGAUUAAGGGGUCCAGGUGGGGUGGGCAGUUGGUGUGAGGCUGGGCAGCCUCUGAUGUGCAGGAAGCUCUGGAAGGUUUGUCAUUCUCCCAAGGAAGAGCUUCUGGACCAGGGCAUCUGCACGGCCCUUCCACAGGACGUUAUGCAAAGCCUUCAGGGCUUUUGCUGUGUCUGUGCUGGCCAAAUGAUGAGGAACAAUAUACCACAUGACACAAUUAAUGUAUUAGCUUCGAAAAGUCAACAGGGCUUCUGUAGAGGGAAGUCAUGUCUCCUACUCUGAGUUCUCCAAAGUACUCAGAAAACACAUAGGUAAAAGUGAACUUCUUUUAUGUGGCCGCUGGCCUCUAAAAAGCUGAAGAACUAUGGCAUAAAAGACAUCGUAGGUGAUUGAAGCUGGGAAAUAGAAGGGAUGUUUUUCUCCAGGAAGGGAGGUUGCUGGUGGCACGUGUCAUUAAGCCUAGGCUGGCUAAUGUAGUCAUUAAAACCCAAGAGGCAAUUCAAUGAUGGACGAUUAUUUAGGACACUAAAGGAGAAGGCUGACUGGGGAAUUGCAAAAAGCUCUUAGGAAACCAAAGGUGGGCAGUGCAAAUGAUGAAUAAAUAACAUUGUGGGCAUGUACCAAAGGAUGCCUAAGGGGAAAACCAGGCUGCAUGUCACCUCUUGAGUGGUGUGCUCUGAGCUGGUCCCUGCCACUUGGAUGCAAGAGCUUGGAGCUAUGGUAGCCAGUCCCACCCCAGUAUUUCCACAUGUGGCAGCAGCAAAGGCAAAUUGUAUCUCAGGGGUGGUUAGGAAAAGAUUAAAAUCGAGAAUACCCUCGCCCCUCUCUAAAGCUGCUGUGCACCCACAUCUUGAGGGCUGUGUGCAGUUCUGGUCCUUGUGCGUCCAGGAGGUUAUUAAGAGUUUGGGAAAGGUUUGGAGAAGAGCAUUGGCAUCAGGAAGCAAGAUGUCUCCUUGCCCACCUGUGCACCCCAGAGCUGAGCAGCUCAGGCAAGGAGGUGUGUGAGCCCCUGUCCCCGGCCACCUCGCACGUGGUGCAGGGGAGCCAGCAGCCAGAAGAGGCUUAAAGGCUUUUUGCUGAGCAGUGAUGAGGUACUGCAGCAGCGCACAGUUAAUCUUUUGCAGACCUCCCUGACAACUGCCCCCAAAUGAUUAUAUUGAGCUAACCCCAGCACCUCUUUGGCCACCCAUAAAUAAGCUCCUGGUCCCCAAAGGCCCCCCCCCAAGCACUGUCUCCCCGGAGCUGGGGCAGGCAUAGGUUCCCAUAGCUGUCCCAGCACACAGAACUCCGGCCAGCUUUAGGGAAAGUGGCUUUCCUCACAUCUGCAGCUGGAACAGGAGCCUAAAAAUACUCCCCCUGCCCCCUUUUCUUUUAGCUGGGGUGGAGAGAAACAGAUGAAAAAUAAAUGUGAACCUUCCUCUUCCAGCCUUGGCGCUAAAGAUAGCCUUGAAGCUAUUUAUAAAGAUUUUUUUUAUUUCAUUUUGUCUUUUUUCCUGAAAUGUUUGGUUUUCAUUUGUUUUCAAAACACACUGAUACGUAGUUUUGCCCACAAGAGAUUUUUUUUUUUAGUUUCAGCAAAGCUGCAUUUCAUGAAGCUGGAAGCCUGCCAGCUUCUUAGCAAAAAAUAAUCAGUCCAGCAUUUGUUUCCGUGAGUGAUUAUAGGAUUUGGGUGAAUUUUACCAGAUUAAAAUUUCUUGGAAAGCUGGUGGCCUUUAAAACCCAAAGCUUGAAAAAUUAUUGUUAUUUCUGAAAAGGCAAUCCAGGGCCCUGGCAAAAUCUCAUAGCCCAGCCCAGGAUGCCACCCGGGUCACCUGGGCUUCCUCGCCUCCCUGGGGGGCUGGAAGAUGGAUGGGGCUGGCAAAGCCAGGCAUGAUGUGGUUCCCAGGACAUGACAACAUACUUUGCUUUCUAAUACCAAAACUAGGUUUAUACUUGUCACCCUCUGAAGGGAUUUGCCCUGUGGCUAAAUGGGGGCAUAGGGACAAGCAAGGUGAUGGAUGGACCACCCCAGUGCUGAGUGCUGGGGUGCUUGGGGAUGCCUCCUUCUCCUGGCUGGGGACAGCCCCUGCUCUGUGCCUGGCUGCCUGCAUCUGAGGAUGACCCAUCAGUUCAGCAAUAUUUACUCCAGAGGGCUGCAUCAGCUGGGCUGGGUGUUGCUGAUGCUACAAGAGAGUUGUUUUCAGUAAAAAAAGGUUCCUGGGAAAAUCUGAUUCAGAAGAAUGUUGCAUGAAAGAAGUUGUGGGUCAGGACAAAUAUGCAUUUGAACAGAGAGAGCAAAUGUGUUAAUUCAAAAGGAAUUUUUUUAGAAAAAAUAGGGUUGUGAGGCCCUGGAGCAGGCUCUCAUUAAAGCCCAUGUGGCUUCCAGAGAAAAACAUGCCUCACUUCUUGGGUUAGGGCUCAGCCAGCUCCUCCUCAGCCACCGUGAGAGCAGCUGAUUUGGGUGCUGGGACCAGGGCAGGCUUUUCUUCGAGGAGGCAUUCAGUGCUCUGGGCAGGGUCCCCGGAGACCAGCCUGCCCACAGUCCCAGGGCACCACGCUCUCCUCACCAUCCUCCUGGCUCCACAGCACAGCCUUUCCUGCCGGGCUCCCGAAAACCAGAGCACCCAGGCAGAGGAGACAUUGUGUUGUGACCUAAUUUGUUCUCGGCUUGACUAAUUGAGUACUAAAACCCUCAGUACUAAUUACUUUAUAUUAAAGCAUCUAUGAAAUGGAAUAAUAAAUAAAUAAAACUGAGCCCGCUGGAGAGAAGAGAUGUAGCAUCAUGUUGCAAAGCAGGAUUGCUUUCCAUCUGCAGUUCAAAGAAAUUCUGCAAACCCAUUGCCCGGCUGCAGCCAGGGGCAAUGGGCAGGGCGAGAUACAGUCAGCAAUGCUGGGAUACAGGCACAAGUGGCACUGGCCACACUGGCCACCAUGACCACCAGCAGGAGAAUGUGGAUGAAACUCUUGCUGGUACCUUGUCACUCCUCAAGGCAUCUCAUCAGAGGAGCAUUGGCCUUGGAGAGGAAACACAACGGGGGCUGGCUUGAAAUGCGGCGGACCCGAACACUCGUCGUCUUUUUUGGUUUUGAGGGGUUUGAGGGUUGGGGCAAAUCCAGCCCUCGCUGGCUGCGCCUCCCGUUCCUUAUCUGUAAAGCAAAGCUGAACAGGACAAGCCUCUCUGUACAGGACUGUGAAGAUCUCCAGAUAAAAACAUCAAAUACAUAUGACGAUGAUUAAAGGCAUCAGCACCCUUUGCUAUGCACACAGUCUAAACACGCUCGGGCCAUCCUGGGCUCUUUGAAAACUGUUAGAUGUUUUCAAGCUAAAUAUUUAUUUUAUUUGCGUAGAGCCAGGACGGCCCCCUGUCGGGACAUUAGCUCAGCUCCCUCUGUCAAAGGCAUCUCAGCAAAAAGUUACGGGCUCAGGCGGGACUUAUGCAUUGGCUGAAAACAUGGGAAAAAAAUGUUGGAGCAGCCCAAGAGCCUGACCCUGCUCCCGGCAGAGCUGGAACGCCAGCCAAGCAUGCAUCAGCCGUGUGAUAGCAUGAUGGGCAUUCCCCAUUGGAAACUUUGACUCAAACCCCAUGAAUAGCCACACAAGGAUGCUGUGUUUGCUCCCUCCUCUCUGGGGAGGAAGGGUCUUGAAGACUUUUGCCCAGACAGCUGGUAAAAUGUGAUGUUCAACCAACCAAGAGGGGAUGUUGCCUGCUCAGGGUGGGACUCAUUAGGGUUAGGGAAUGCUGGAAGCAACAGUGACAUUAGCUGGUGACAGUUUGUCUGCAAGUUGUUCUAAUAAAAACUUG